AUGGAGAACACUGAUCAACAAGCACAAAGCAACAAGGAUCCCUCGAACAGUCAUGAUACCAAUAAUAGCAAAAAGAUGCAUUCCAAGAAACAAAGAUUCAAAGACAAAGUUAGUAUCACUAAAGAAGUUAUUACUAAAGGGGAUGAUCAAGUACCCAAGACUGUACCCCAAUGGACCCUCAUAAACUUCCCUCUAAUACAGACCACCUCUUACAUCAAGGAGAAGAUGUCCAGUCUGACCAAUAAGAUCCAGGAUCUGGAUAUACUGAAGGAGCAAGAGGGAAAUGGACAUCAAAAUCUUGAGGCUGAACCCCCAGACUCAAUGGAAGAGCUUUUUAAUGUUCCAGUUGGCCAAGUGCAAGAGUUGGAUAUGGUAUCUGGUGACAAGCUCAACCCAGAAAUGUUUAUGGAAUAUAUCAAAGAGGAUAUUGAAAAAUCUCUAUCAGAUGAUGAAGUGAUCAGGGGGGAUAUCAGAAAGUCCUACUCUGAGGAGUCACUCUAUCUAAGGAACUUAGCUACUACCAACCAAGAAACAUGGGAGAUCAUUGGUGACUUUAAUGUGAUUACUAAUAGAGAAGAAAAACUGGGUGGCAGACCUUACAAACUAGAGGAAAGUCUGGACUUCAUAGAAUGUCUUAAUGAGUUUGGAUUACAAGAUGCUGGUUUUACUGGUGCUAAAGUUACUUGGUGUGAUAACAGGGAUUCGCCCCUCACUAUAUGGAAAAGACUCGACAGAACAUCUCUUCUGAAGACUCCAACAAACACUGACUUUAGAGCCCUAGACUGUAUUGAAAGAUGUAUUACUGAUGAUGAUAAUAGUAGAAUCAGUACCAUUCCUACUGUCCAAGAAGUUACUGAUAUUGUGUUAUCCAUUGAUGCCAAUAGCUCCCCAGGGCCUGAUGGCCUUAGUGGGAUGUUCUACCAGAAAUGUUGGGAUGUUAUAUCUGAGGAUGUGCAUAAUGCUGUGAAAGCUGAGAUCAUCAGUGACAUCAACAAACCGAAUAGGGGAGGCAAUGUUGUUCUGAAACUUGAUAUGACCAAAGCGUAUGACAGAAUCUCGUGGAUCUUCCUUGGGAAAAUUAUAAAGAAGAUGGGCUUCAGUGAGCAGUGGAUUGAGAUUAUUCCCAAGUGCAUCUCCAAUAAUUGGUAUUCUAUGCUGGUUAAUGGAAGAAGAAAUGGUUUCUUCCAAUCUGAGAGGAGCUUAAAGCAGGAAGACCCUCUCUCCCCUUCCCUCUUUAUUUUAAGUGCUGAAAUUCUUUCUCAAACGAUGAACAAUUUUCAUAAUAGAGUGGGUUACAAAAGUUUUUAUAUGAAUAUUAACUAUCCUAAAGUUAACCAUCUUUCUUUUGCAGAUGAUACAAUUCUAUUCUGUAAUGAAAAUAAGAGGUCUAUGAGAUUGAUAUUGAGUACUUUAACUGAUUAUGAGAAGAUCUUUAGGAAACUCAUCAAUAAGAACAAGAGCAGUUUUGCAAUGAGCACCAAGACCAAUUUGGUCACUAUCAGCAGAAUGAAGGCUAUCACUGGCAUGAAAUAUCAAAAGUUCCCCAUCAAAUAUUUGGGAUGCCCUCUCACAACAGGGAGAAAGAAGAUUAAAUUUUAUUCAGAUAUUGUGAACAAAGUCAUUGGUAUAAUCAAAGGAUGGCAUACCAAACUCCUCUCCACUGGGGGAAGAGCCAUCCUCAUCAGACAUGUUCUUCUGGCUCUCCCUAUACAUCUACUGGCUGCAGUUAAUCCACCAAAAGGAACUCUAGAGCUCAUAGAGAAAUUUGUAGCAAGAUUCUUCUGGUCAGGACAAGAUAGUGGGGGAAAAGUUCGCAUUGGAGAUAGCUGGAGCAGCAUAUACAUAGCCUGUGAAGCACACAUUCAACAAACUAGCAGCUUCCCAGUGAAAUGGAUCAGACCACCUGCUCAACUAGUCAAGCUGAGCAGUGAUGGAAAUUGCUCUAAUGGGCAAUGUGGAGGGGGGGAUAUUAUUAGAGACCACGAAGGAAAGUUCAUCGCUGCCUACUCCAUCUCUUUAGGAGCAUGCACCAGUAACUACGCAGAAGCUGAAGCACUACUCUUUGGUUUGAAAUGA